CAAACCGCAAGGUAGAGGAAAGCAGGACAGUAAAGGACAAUAAGCCCAGACAACUGAGCUGUUAGACAAACAGACUGAUAGUCAGACAGAAAGACAGACAAGACAGACAGAAGACAACAGGUGGCCUAUGAGGACAAACUUUGACAGAAAAAGGAUGCUUCCAUUACUAGUUAUAGCUCUGCUGGGGUUCUCGACAGCACCAGGUUUCUAUGCACUUCUAUACUCAAACUCUCUGAUUGUUUUAAACAUAAAAGUUCACAAACUGGGUAAAUUGAAGAAUACCAUUGGCCUUGUGUCUUAGGUUUGCAGGAAUGAUAUUGGGAAAAUAUUGCAAGUAGAGUCAAGUUGUAUUCCUGUGGUGAUUAUUGGCCUGCCUGAGGUCUCUCAUAUUUCAGUAUAACUGAUGUACUAUUGCCCGCUUUGGUUGUACCAUUUUAAUGUAUUUCUGAAAAGUUAAAGUAACAUCUUGGGGACCUUGUCAGGCUUUCAGGAGUGAGACAAAAACAUUAUACAUCAUAUGGGACAAUGAACUAUGUUAUUGAUACUGUAGGCCUAUGACAAUCUUUGGGGACAUGAAAGCAUUCUUGUUGAAUGUGAUCUGUCAAAAAUCGCCUCUCUCUUCUAAGAUGUUAACGCUAAAUUCAUGGAACAAAUUUGCUCUGAGAAAGUAUUUGAGAAAACCUAAGAUGUUAUUUCAUGUAUGCAUACUUCAUGUAUGCGUUCCACAUCCAUUUAGCAGUAAGCAACAUUGACUGUAUAAAAAUGUACUGUAUUAAUCUCCAUAGUAUGUGACCUGUAAUGUUGCUUUUGUUAUUCCCAGCCUCUGCACUGCCUUGCACUCAGAUCUCUCUCUCCAAGACCCUUCCCUCCUCAGGUGAGUCUGUUCACUAAUCAGUCAUUAGUUAUCAACGUCUUGACAGCCAAGGAGGGAAAGUACAUCUUAACUGAGUUAAGAACAGUAUGAUCUGGCCUUGUACUCAACAUUAAGAACACCUGCUCUUUCCAUGACAUAGACUGACCAGGUGAAUCCAGGUAAAUGUUAUGAUCCUUUAUUGAUGUCACUUGUUAAAUCCACUUCAAUCAGUGUAGAUAAAUGGGAGGGGACCGGUUAAAUAAGGAAUUUUAAGCCUUGAGACAAUUGAGACAUGGAUUGUGUGUGUGUGCAAUUCAGAGGGUGAAUGGGCAAGACAAAAAAAUGUAAGUGCCUUUUUAACGGGGUAUGGUAGUAAGUGCCAGGCGCACCGGUUUGUGUCAGGAACUGCAAUGCUGUUGAGUUUUUCACACUCAACAGUUUCCUGUGUGUAUCAAGAAUGGUCCACCACCCAAAGGACAUCCAGCCAACUUGACACAACUGUGGGAAGCAUUGGAGUCAACAUGGGCCAGCAUCCCUGUGGAACACUUUCAACAACUUGUAGAGUCCAUGCCCCUACGAAUUGAGGCUGUUCUGAGGGCAAAACUCAAUAUUAGGAAGGUGUUCCUAAUAUUUGGUAUACUCAGUGCAUAUCUUCAGUCUCUUUAGUCCUUUCUGAGUUGAGUUGGCUGUUCUGAACGAUCAACCAGUGCAGUCUCAGGCAAGCUCCUAAUUUCACUAUUUUCUCUCCAGCUCACAGUGUCAGACCCUCAGAUGUGGCUGUGCUCUCUACCAUUGGACUUCCCCACACACACAGGUAAGCAGCAUAUCAAAAUUCUCUAACCUUGAUAGAUAGAGGACACUACCAGGUGUCAAUCUUGAGUCAUACCUAGUGUCAAUGUGAACGCAGAAAGGUUUUUCAGACUUCUGUUUUUCUCUCUCCCUGCAGCAGCGAGCUGUCUAGAGUGUUAUCGAGACUUCAUGGUAAGCCCCUGCUAUUCAUGGGGUUUUUGGGGUUCCUCAAUGUAUGUAUGCACUCACUAACUGUAAGUCGCUCUGGAAAAGAGCGUCUGCUAAAUGACUAAAAUGUAAAUGUAAUCAAACCAGUUCUCUGAAACAGAAGAAAACAUCUUGCUCCACAGUCUAAUAUUAUUGCGAAGAUAUGUAUUCAAAACCAGGCUAUAAACAUAGACAGACACGCAUACAAGUACAUACAGUACAAAUUCCUAAUUUCAUGUGACCAUUAGCACCAAAUUCAUAAUUUAAAGUCUUCAUCAAAUAAAAUCUCAAUAAAACAUAUUUAUUGGUUGAUAAGACAUUUUGGUGUGCUGACAGAUCCUCCUCUUCCAUGCCAAAUGUCCUCCCUUUGCAAUCUGACCCUCGUGUAUACUUACGUUGAAUUUUCAUCUCACUUCAUCAAGAUAAUCUAGGACCAGACAGAAUUUAGGCUUUUGCCUUUUAAACAAUUUAUUUGCCUUCUAAACAAUUUUCAAUGAUAGGAUUGUGCGGAAAAGGAUAAAAGCAUUGAAAAACCUAAUACAUUUGGAAGAAAAUGUAAUAAAUUAUAUAAUGUACUUGAGAUAAUGGGAGUCAGCACUGCUCUUAUAUAACUUACUGUAACUAUUGAACAGUUUCACAUAUCCUUAUAUUGAAAAAAAAUAACAUAUUUGUUUUUUAGACAAUACACAAAUAUAAGAAUGAACAGUUUCACGUGUCUAAUAGCUUAUUAUAGAUCACUGUAGUAUCAAUUCAUAAAUCUCACACUACUGGGUGCCAUCUUUAUUGGUCCGGUAUCAGUACCAACCCUGAUACUACUAGUAAUAAGCCUGGAUAGAAUCACCAGACUUUGCUGCCAGCAAUUUCACAAGAAAGCAUUUCAUAAGGAAGAGAUAAAGAGUAUUGUACCUCUCACACAAUAGAAAAGAACAUAAAUAAAGAUGAAAGCGAUAGACACAGUGUACUCUCAACUCACGUGGCACUUACUGUAUGUUAGUACCAAGAAAGUCCGAUGUGUCUGGUCAAACCAAUUGCAUACGUGUAUCUACACUACCAGUCAAAUGUUUGGACACACCUACUCAUUAAAGGGUUUUUCUUUAUUUUUACAUUUUUUUACAUUGUAUAAUAAUAGUGAAGACAUCAAAGCUAUGACACAUAUGGAAUCAUGUAGUAAACAAAAAAGUGUCAAACAAAAUAUAUUUUAUAUUUGAGAUUCUUCAAAUAGCCACCCUUUGCCUUGAUGACAGCUUUGCGCACUCUUGGCAUUCUCUCAACCAGCUUCACUUGGAAUGCUUUUCCAACAGUCUUGAAGGAGUUCCCACAUAUGCUGAGCACUUGUUGGCUGCUUUUCCUUCAUUCUGCCGUCCGACUCAUCCCAAACCAUCUCAAUUGGGUUGAGGUUGAGGGAUUGUGGAGGCCAGGUCAUCUGAUGCAGCACUCCAUCACUCUCCUUCUUGGUAAAAUAGCCCUUACACAGCCUGGAGGUGUGUUGGGUCAUUGUCCUGUUGAAAAACAACCAGAUGGGAUGGCGGAUCACUGCAGAAUGCUGUAGUAACCAUGCUGGUUAAGUGUGCCUUGAAUUCUAAAUAAAUCACAGAUAGUGUCACCAGCAAAGCACUCCCACACCAUAACACCUCCUUCUCCAUGCUUUACAGUGGGAAAUACACAUGCAGAGAUCAUCUGUUCACCCACACCGCGUCUCACAAAGAACCGGUCUAAUGCCCAUUGCUCGUGUUUCUUGGCCCCAGCAAGUCUCUUCUUAUUAUUUUUGAGGCUGGUAACUCUAAUGAACCUAUCCUCUGCAGCAGAGGUAACUCUGGGUCUUCCAUUCCUGUGGCGGUCCUCAUGAGAGCCAGUUUCAUCAUAAUGCUUGAUGGUUAUUGCGACUGCACUUGAAAUUUUCCGUAUUGACUGACCUGUCUUAAAGUAAUGAUGGACUAUCGUUUCUCUUUGCUUAUUUGAGCUGUUCUUCAAAUAAUAUGGACUAGGCCUUUUACCAAAUAGGGCUAUCUUCUGUAUAAAAACCCUGGAAUGAGUAGGUGUGUCCAAACUUUUGACUGGUACUGUAUAUCUAUAUAGACAGUAUAUACUUAAUAUAUAGAGGAUUCAGAGCCAUUUUCUAUAGUCUUUUUCACCCCAUACUAAGUGCCAAGCCAUGUGUAUAUGACAAUGUUGAUUUCACUUAUAAUCAAGCAACUUCCUCCUCCCCGUCUCUCUGUCACUCUAGAGCUGCUGGCCAUGUUUAACCCUGCAAUGACCAGUACUCUUCCUAGUCCGACAAACCUCUAUUCUGAAUCCUCACAGCACAGGUAAACCACAACUACACUUGCUCCCUGUGAGAGUAAAGACAGACAAAGGUAGUAUUUCAGACCAUGUUUUGUUAAUUUGCAGGGCUCUUGUGGAGCAGGCAAAGGAACUACCACUCUCCCUCAGGAGUAACCAGGUAUUCUAGUGACUCUCCUUCUACAUCACCCAACACAUUGUCCUAUAGAAUCAGAACAGCUUCCCUGGUUGUCAUCUCUGACUGUGUCAGUCCUCUCUGAUAGGCCGUUGAGCUAGACACAGACUGGAAGCUGGUGAUGCUCUUCGUUCAGGUGGAUGAGCUCUGUGUAUGUCAGGACCAGGUCAGUAGCCACCUCACAUGUCUGGAUUUCAGUCAACGUCUGUAUUUCAUGACAUUACAGUGUUAAUAGCUGCAUUCCUUUGAGUGAGUGUUUGUGUGUAUGCAGGUCAGCGAGACAAUCAAAGCAGCUGUCCAGCAGGUGGAUCUUGCGCUGCAGGUGCUGCAGUCACAGGUGGGUUUUGGAGACUCGUGUGACACUCUUAGCAAUGCUACAGUACAUUAAUUUAGAUGAUCGUUAAGAUUGUUCUUAAUGUAUUUGCAGUUGAAGCGGACCAUUGUCAAUGUUGCACUGUGGUAUGGAGAGUAUGAUACUGGAUUUCGUUAUCAGAACAGGUGACUUUCUCAACCAAUAGCACAGCUCCUCAAUCAGUCGGCGCACUCAUUCCCUGAGUUUUAAAUGAUUCAUUGAUUUCAAUCUAUAGUUUGUGGUAGACAUGUGAUUGCUUGUAUGUCUAUUGACAGGAUGUGUCAAUGUAUGGAGGAAGAACAUGAAGGGGAGUUCAGACUACUGAGGGCCAUCCUCACACAAGUCCUGCAGGUGCAAUGUCUUACAUCUAUGUCAUCUCCCCUAUAUCCCCAACAUCUAUGUGUUGUUUACAUUGCUUCUACUAUACAAAUAAGAUCAAAUAAGAUUAGAUUGCAUGUUAUUGUCUGUUUUCCCUUAUGGGACAUAAAAUACGAUAAACAACAUACAGUAGGUCUACAGGAGAUAUGGACGGAAGGGGCUGUAGUACAGGGGAUUAUACAAGUUAAAAUGAAAGUUGCACACUCAUCUCUCCUUGCUGUGGAUUUAUUGGACCAACAUUUCAGUUAAAUAGGUGUAUUAUAUAUAGUUUAUUUUACUAACUAUUAUUCAUGGUGGUCAAUAGGAGUCCCUUGAUCGACACCUGGUGGAGAAGCAGUGGUACAGCAACAGAGAUGACUUCACCGUCCUACUGCAGGAUGCCCCCUUCAUCACAGCAAACCCCGCCUCUGUUAUUGUGAGUGAGAAGCCAUUAAACCCUCCCUACAACUUUUAUACAUUAAUGUGCUAAUGUGCCUCUCUUAUUGUGUGAUGCAGAGUUGAGUUGUUAUGGUGUGUGUGUGUGCGUACACUUGCAUACCGGUACACGCAUACGUGUGUCAGUGUGUGUAACACAAAUGUUAAUCUUUGUGCAGAGCGCUGCCCCCAGAGCGGGUGAACUACACACAGACAAACUGGCAGUACAGAUGUGGGCCAACUUGGUGAGUCACACCAAAUACUACACAUGCUGCUAACACUCUGUGGCAUUGUCUCGACUCUCAGUUCAGUCAAGUCAAACAAAGGAGAAUUGACUCUGUUUUUUUUUCUUCUGUUUUUCAGCUGCAGCCCACCAUAGCCCAGCAGAACAUGGAGGAAAAUAACAUGAUUAUCUAUGUGCCAUGCCCCAGUGAGGUGAGAGAGUGCUGCCUCUAACACAAACCAGACCUCUCUCUCUCUCUCUCUCUCGUUCUCUCUCUCUCGCUCUCUCUCUCUCUCUCUCUCUCUCUCAUUCUCUCACUUUCUCACUCUCUCUCUCUCUCUCUUCCCCCCCUCACUCUCUCUCUCUCUCCCCCCCCCCUCUCUCCCUCUCGCUCUUUCUCCCCCUGUCUUGUCUCUCUCUCUCUCUCUCUCUUAUCCCCCUCUCUCCCAUAGGACCGGCCUUUCCUGAGAACAGAGAGUAACUCUCCUUCAGAUCAUACCAGUGAGCCCUCUCCUCUUCUCGACCCUGUGAGUUAUUGUUGUCAUGUUGAUAAGGCCUGAUACUGUAGGACUAUUAGUGCCCUGCACAUAGUGGUCUCCACGUACACAUUAUACAUGGUAAUUACGCUGGAUGUGCUCUGCGUGUCUUGUCAUCAGAUCAUGGGGACUCAUAUGCCCUGCGAGGACCGUAGCCCUUCCAACUCCCCACCCACCUCAGGUGAGAGGAAUCCUCGCUAUAUACAAUAUACAGUAUACAGCUUAUUUGUUGAAAUAGAGCCAGUAUUCCCUGGUCUUGUAUAACCCUGUACUUACUGCAGCGUUUCCCAAACUAGGGGUCACGACCCCACGUGGGGUCGUCUAAUUUGAAAAUGGGGUCGUGAGAGAAACUCAAAAAAGCUUCAAGCUUGGUUCAUAGAACCGGGGUUAUGUCAGUAACCUCCGGUAGCCGCUAGAUGCAAUGUAAUAAACAAAGCGGUUUCUGUUUUCUUCUUGCAAAUGUGGCGCUAUCCUUUGAACCGUUUAAGUUACACAAUAUUAUGAACCCUUCACUUAAAGAUAACUCUUCAAUGUCAGAUAAGACUUCUGUUUCCCUCUACAAUGCCCAAUUGACUCAUUAGAACAGAGUGGAUAGGCACUAAAUCAGACUGGUGGUAACAGAACAUCAUCCAUGAUAAAGUCAUUUUCUACACAGAAGAUCAUAAAGCAAAUUCACCUUUCUGAUGCAUUACAGUCACUUCAAACCAUACUUCCUUCAGAUUGAAAUACUUUCAAAAGUACUGUCAGACUGAUUCGUAAUAGACUGUUAUAGCCCCAAUAAAAAAUUGGCAAAUAAUGUUUUGAUCAAAAUGGGGUCGUGGACCAAAAAGGUUUGGGAACCCUGACUUACUGUAUUAUGGAACGUAAAACUUUUAGAAAACAGACAGAAAGAUGUCAACAGGUUUCUGAUUGGGCUACUUGGAUAAAGUUUGCCUUACAUAAUUCUCAUCACCUGAUUCAUCUUCUAUGCGUUCACAGUUCACGCUCUCCGGCCUGGCGAUAUUAAAGUAAUAGCAGCAGUGGGAGACUCUCUGACAGUAAGUCAACUGUUCCUUGUUUACCUUUUAUCUGUACUGUAGUAGCUAGUACAUUAGUGAAUGAAUCUACAUUACCCAGUUGCAGGGCUGUUACUAAUCAUAUGCUAUUACUACCUGUAUUAUUACACUCAUAAUAUUGCUAUCUCUAUAACACUCUCUUUGACCAACCGGCAGGCGGGCAACGGUGUCGGAUCGGGAUCCAGCGUAAACAACCUACUGGAUGUCCAGACACAGUACAGGGGGUUAUCAUGGAGGUGGGUCCUUAUCACUCCUGCAAUAACACAGCAGUACAAAGUGCAGUGUCAAUAUCAGUUCAUCUUCCUGUGCUGUGGGUUACCUGGAGGUAGAGGUCAAAUCAAAUCAAAUCAAAUUAUAUUUGUUACAUACACGUGUUUAGCAAAUGUUAUAGCGGGUGUAGCGAAAUGCUUGUGCUUCUAGCUCCGACAGUGCAGUAAUAUCUAACAAGUAAUAUCUAACAAUUUCACAACAUAUACCUAAAACACACAAAACUAGUAAGGAAUGGGAGUUAAGAAUAUAUACAUAUAUGGACAAGCAACGACAGAGCAGCAUGGACUAAGAUACAGUAGAAUAUUAUAGAAUAGAAUGCAGUAUAUACAUAUGAGAUGAGUAGUGCAAGAUAUAUAAACAUUAUUAAAGUGACUAGUGUUCAAUUUCUUAAAGUGGCCAGUGAUUUCAAUAGGCAGCAGCAGCCUCUAAUGUGCUAGUGAUGGCUAUUUAACAGUCUGAUGGCCUUGAGAUAGAAGCUGUUUUUCAUUCUCUCGGUCCCAGCUUUGAUGCACCUGUACAGACCUCGCCUUCUGGAUGAUAACGGGGUGAACAGGCAGUGGCUCGGGUGGUUGAUGUCCUUGAUGAUCUUUUUGGCCUUCCUGUGAACACUAAUCUAUUUAGUUACAUUUCUAAAUAGUCUAUAUUCUGUCUUUGUGUUUCUCAGUAUCGGUGGAGACGAGAACCUCACCACUGUCACCACUCUUCCCAGUGAGUCACCUUCCUGUUGCUGUCAUCUUGUCUUAGCUAUCAGGCUACUUGUGUAGACAAAAUGUUGCCAAACGGCUGGAAUACACAUUCACACAUUUACAUUCAGUACAGUAAGACAAAUACAGUUAUUCUAUGUGUAUCAUUAUCAAUGUGUUCAGGUUUGACUGAUAUGUCUUUGUCUUUUGUGUUGCUGCUCAGAUAUCCUGCGUGAGUUUAACCCCUUCCUGACUGGCUACUCAGUGGCCAAAGGCAAAGAGCACACCCCUCAGGCCUUCCUCAACCAGGCUGUGGCCGGAGAAAAAGCCAAGUGAGUCUCAUCACCAGUCCAUAUGAUACUCUUCUAUCCAGACAUACCUUCCUCUCUGACUGCCUAUGUUUUACUGAAUAUGUUUUGUAGUCUUUAUACUGUUGCUGAAUAGUGAGGUUGGAUUGUCUGUGUUUGUUUUUAAGGGACAUACCAGACCAAGUGCGAGCACUGGUGGCCAGGAUGAAGAAUGACUCGGUAAAAGACUAUCCUGAAUUAUAUUUGAAUCUACUUCUGUUUGUCUACCACACAUAGAUUGAUAUAAUACACAAGCUUAUAUGUGAACAUGUUCUCACCCUCUGUCCUCUUACACAGCGCGUUAAUUUCCAAGAAGACUGGAAAGUUAUCACUUUGUUCAUUGGAGGCAAUGACAUGUGUGAGUACUGCUACAACUCUGUGAGUACCAAUACUAUAUGAUAAGAUACAAUACAUUAAGAUACAAUACAAUACCAUUCUGUAUCGUGACCUUCUCUAAGAACUCUGUCUGCAGUGAUACUUUACCGGAUGUGCAUGUUCCAUUGCUCUGACUGUCACUACCUUUCAUUGUCCCACAGCUGUUUUACUCCACUGACAACUACGUGCACCACAUUCGUGAGUCUCUGGAUUACCUUCAUAAACAGGUCAGAGCUGUAGAUUUGUCACAGUUUUUUCCACAUUUUUACAUUUACAAAUCUGAUCAGCUAGCACAUGCUUUCCUGUGUUUCAAUUACUUGUUGUUUAACACAAACACUUUCUUUCUUUCUUUCUUUCUUUCUUUCUUUCUUUCUUUCUUUCUUUCUUUCUUUCUUUCUUUCUUUCUUUCUUUCUUUCUUUCUUUCUUUCUUUCUUUCUUUCUUUCUUUCUUUCUUUCUUUCUUUCUUUCUUUCUUUCUUUCUUUCUUUCUUUCUCUCUCUCUGUCUCUCUCUCUCUCUCAGGUGCCGAGGGCCCUGGUCAACCUGGUGGAGCCUCUGUACAUCCCCAUCCUGAGACAGAUGCACUCAGAAAUGAAUGCCGAUCUCAAGUGCCCUACCUGGCUUGCCAGGUAAGAGUCCCUGGCUGCAGAUGGAGCAUCACCAUUGUAUAAUCCAUGACAGGGAGUGUGCAAGUGCACACUUUGAAUCGGGAUGGACCCUAUCUGUGGGCUCCCGAGUGGCGCAGCAGUCUUAGGCACUGCAUCUCAGUAACAGAGGCAUCACUACAGACCCUGGUUCGAUUCCAGGCUGUAUCACAAUCCGGCCGUUAUUGGGAGAACCAUAGGGCGGUGCACAAUUUGCCCAGCGUCGUCUGGGUUUGGCUGGGGUAGGCCGUCAUUGUAAAUAAGAAUUUAUUCUUAACUGACUUGCCUAGUUAAAUAAAGGUUAAAAAUAAUAAAUACAAAAAUCUGUAAUCCUCCUCAUCAAGCCACCACUUUCAUAUAUUUGCCAUUAUGUAGGGCAAUGUACCAACGGAUCUCUGAAGUCUAGAUCAGUAACACCUGAUCUUGUGUCUCUCCUUCAGUAUUCUGUGUCCCUGUGUCAUCUCACCUACGGGGGGCUCUGUAACACUUCGGAAACUCAAUGAUCUGAACAGAGAUUAUCAGGUAUGGCAAAGACUAAUUCUGCAGUGCAGUGAGAUCACAAUAUUAUACUUGACUCUAUGGUAAAUACCAUAGAGGGUGGUUGCUCAUUGAUUACCAAUAACAAAAACGAACUCUACCUCUUUCAGCGUGGACUGCAUGAGCUUGUUGAGUCAGGACGGUACGACACCCAUAACAACUUCACGGUGGUCCUGCAGCCUUUCCUACGAGACAUCAUAAUUCCAGUGAAGGAGGUUAGGCACACUGCAUUGUCACUCACUUGUUCUCUAAAACAACAAUUGUAUGACUGAUCAAUGUGUGUGAAAAUUCCAAUGCCGUUUCAUGGCUACACACACUCAAAUGCACAAAUGCACACACACGCACACACACACACACACACACACACACACACACACACACACACACACACACACACACACACACACACACUGAGUUGAUCAUGUCCAACUGUAAUUACUAUGCAUUGUUUCAUUGAUUGAACAAUCUGUUGUGUCUAUAUAUAUAUAUAUAUAUAUAUAUAUAUAUAUAUACAUACAUAUAUAUAUAUAUAUAUAUAUAUAUAUAUAUAUAUAUAUAUAUAUAUAUAUAUAUAUUGUUUUUUAUAUACACUACCGGUCAAAAGUUUUAGAACACCUACUCAUUCAAGGGUUUUUCUUUAUCUUUACUAUUUUCAACAUUGUAGAAUAAUAGUGAAUACAUCAAAACUAUGAAAUAACACAUAUGGAAUCAUGUAGUACCAAAAAAGUGUUAAACAAAUCCAAAUAUAUUUUAUAUUUGAGAUUCUUCAAAUAGCCACCCUUUGCCUUGAUGUCAGCUUUGCACACUCUUGGAAUUCUCUCAAGCAGCUUCACUUGGAAUGCUUUUCCAACAGUCUUGAAGGAGUUCCCACAUAUGCUGAGCACUUGUUGGCUACUUUUCCUUCACUCUGCGGUCCGACUUAUCCCAAACCAUCUCAAUUUAGUUGAGGUCGGGGGAUUGUGGAGGCCAUGUCAUCUGAUGCAGCACUUCAUCAAUCUCCUUCUUGGUAAAAUAGCCCUUACACAGCCUGGAGGUGUGUUGGGUCAUUGUCCUGUUGAAAAACAAAUGAUAGUCCCACUAAGCCCAAACCAGAUGGGAUGGCGUAUCACUGCAGAAUGCUGUGGUAGCCAUGCUGGUUAAGUGUGCCUUGAAUCUAAAUAAAUCACAGAAAGUGUCACCAGCAAAGCACCCCCACACCAUAACACCUCCUCCUCCAUGCUUUACAGUGGGAAAUACACAUGCGGAGAUCAUCCGUUCACCCACACCGCGUCUUCUCACAAAGACACGGCGGUUGGAACCAAAAAUCUACAAUUUGGACUCCAGACCAAAGGACAGAUUUACACCGGUCUAAUGUCCAUUGCUUGUGUUUCUUGGCCCAAGCAAGUCUCUUCUUAUUAUUGUUGUCCUUUAGUAGUGGUUCCUUUGCAGCAAUUCGACCAUGAAGGCCUGAUUCACACAGUCUCCUCCAACAGUUGAUGUUGAGAUGUGUCUGUUACUUGAACUCUGUGAAGCAUUUAUUUGGGCUGCAAUUUCUGAGGCUGGUAACUCAAAUGAACGUAUCCUCUGCAGCAGAGGUAACUCUGGGUCUUCCAUUCCUGUGGGGGUCCUCAUGAGAGACAGUUUCAUCAUAGCGCUUGAUGGUUUUUGCGACUUCACUUGAAGAAAGUUUCAAAGUGUGUUUCCGUAUUGACUGACUUUCAUGUCUUAAAGUAAUGAUGGACUGUCGUUUCUCUUUGCUUAUUUGAGCUGUUCUUGCCAUAAUAUGGACUUGGUCUUUUACCAACUAGGGCUAUCUUCUGUAUACCCCCCUUUACCUUGUCACAACACAACUGAUUGGCUCAAACGCAUUAAGAAGGAAAGAAAUUCCACAAAUUAACUUUUAAGAAGGCACACCUGUUCAUUGAAAUGCAUUCCAGGUGACUACCUCAUGAAGCUGGUUGAGAGAAUGCCAAGAGUGUGCAAAGCUGUCAUCAAGGCAAAAGGAGGCUAUUUGAAGAAUCUCAAAUAUAAAAUAUAUUUUGAUUUGUUUAACACUUUUUUGGUUACUACAUGAUUCCAUAUGUGUUAUUUCAUAGUUUUGAUGUCUUCACUAUUAUUCUACAAUGUAGAAAAUAGUAAAAUUAAAGAAAAACCCUUGAAUGAGUAGGUGUUCUAAAACAUUUGACCGGUAGUGUAUGUACAGUUGAAGUCGGAAGUUUACAUACACCUUAGCCAAAUACAUUUAAACUCAGUUUUUCACAAUUCCUGACAUUUAAUCCAAGUAAAAAUUCCCUGUUUUAGGUCAGUUAGGGUCACCACUUACAAUACCUUGAUUUUGUUGUCCUUAAGCCAUUUUGCCACAACUUUGGAAGUAUGCUUGGGGUCAUUGUCCAUUUGCGACCAAGCUUUAACUUCCUGACUGAUGUCUUGAGAUGUUGCUUCAAUAGAUCCACAUAAUUUUCCCUCCUCAUGAUGCCAUCUAUUUUGUGAAGUGCACCAGUCCCUCCUGCAGCAAAUCACCCCCACAGCAUGAUGCUGCCACCCCCGUACUUCACGGUUGGGAUGGUGUUCUUCGGCUUGCAAGCACCCCCUUUUUCCUCCAAACAUAACGAUGGUCAUUAUGGCCAAACAGUUCUAUUUUUGUUUCAUCAGACCAGAGGACAUUUCUCCAAAAAGUGAUAGAUAAUCAAUGAAGCUUGUGGAAGGCUACCCGAAACAUUUGACCCAAGUUAAACAAUUUAAAGGCAAUGCUACCAAAUACUAACUGUGUGUAUGUAAACGUCUGAUCCACUGGGAAUGUAAUGAAAGAAAUAAAAGCUGAAAUAAAUCAUUCUCUCUACUAUUAUUCUGACAUUUCACAUUUUUUAAAUAAAGUGGUGAUCCUAACUGAUCUAAGACAGGGAAUUUCUACUAGGAUUAAAAGUCAGGAAUUGUGGAAAAACUGAGUUUAAAUGUAUUUGUCUAAGGUGUUUGUAAACUUCCGACAUCAACUGUAUAUAGCAAAAAAAAAACAAAAAAAACUAUUGGGUUUCUAAACUUACCUGCACACCUUUUUACUUAGUAUAUUUUAUCUCCACUUUGUCUUUCACACACACACAAACACACAUUGACACUCUCUAUCUGACACAUAGGAUGGACGUCCAGACCGCACUUACUUCAGUCCUGACUGCUUCCAUCUCAGUCAGAAGGCCCAGACUCGGAUGGCUCGUGGUCUCUGGAACAACAUGGUGAGACCCAAUAGACUCUUAGAAAAAAGGGUUCUAAAAGGGUUCUGUGGCUGUCCCAAGGUAGAACCAUUUUUGGUUCCAGCUAGAACUCUUUUGGGUUCCAUGUAGAACCCUCUGUGGAAAGGGUUUUACAUGGAAUCCAAAAGGGUUCUACCUGGAACCAAAGGGGUUCUUUAAAUGUUUUUUUCUAAGAGUGUAACACAUAAUAUGUGUGUCAACCUAGGCAAACCCUUCACAUCGUCAAAUUUUGAACUUGUUUUGAAGUUCUGAAAACUACAAACUGUCCCAAAUCCAGAUAUUUUUAAAAAUCAUUUAGAUAUCUUUAUCAAUACCGGAGUUAUGAGUUUUUAAAGUUGACUUCAGCCAAAACCUAAAAACGGAGAAAAUAACAUUCAAAGACUCUGUUAAGUUUUUUUCUAACUCCAUUGAGAGGCAUGAGAGAAAAACACCAACACUCAACUUGAUUGUUUCAAAAGAGAGUGUCACUAUAUUCAUUAUUUUUAAAACAGCAACUGCUGGUAUUGUUUGCAUUCAAUGAUUAUUACUAGAAUUAAUUAUUAUACUGUAAAUAAUAGAUACAUAUACAGUAUAAUAAAAUGAUACAAAAUAAUGUACAUUUCAGUGCGAUUAUGAACCGUCAACAAAAAAUCCAACAACAAAUCCUUGAUUUGAUUAUAUACAACACUGGAUGGCAUGAAAUAUGGCAAAAAAUAAUGGUAAUAAUUGGCCAGCAGGAACAAUCUCAUCUGCUGAGAGAUAAGAUGAAAUGAGUUUGUCAUACCGACAAUGUAAAAACAAUACAAAUACUCACAACACUACAAGACAGUCAAACAAAGCAUCAAUAUAACUGUAGAGAGGCAAGUAAAAUAGUACAGUACUAGUGUGCAAAAGCAAAUAAAGUGCUGUGUGUUGCGACCAGGUGUUGUUGAAGGCCUGGAUGGCAGUGGGCAAGAAGGAUUUCAUUCAUAUUGAUAUUAAUGAAUUUGAAUCUCUCUCUGACAAACAAACACAAAGAGAUCUCUAACACACAAACUACUAGGUCAUCAUUCUUACCUUAGCUGAGUCCUCCCGAGUGGCGCAGUGGUCUAAGGCACUGCAUCGCAGUGCUAGCUGUGCCACUAGAGAUCUUGGUUCGAAUCCAGUCUCUGUCGUAGCCGGCCGCGACCAGGAGACCCAUGGGGCGGCGCACAAUUGGCCCAGCGUCAUCCAGGGUAGGGGAGGGAAUGGCCGGCAGGGAUGUAGCUCAGUAGGUAGAGCAUGGCGUUUGCAACGCCAGGGUUGUGGGUUCGAUUCCCACGGGGGGCCAGUAUGAAAAAUAAAAAAAUAAUAAUGUAUGCACUCACUAACUGUAAGUCGCUCUGGAUAAGAGCGUCUGCUAAAUGACAAAAAAUGUAAAUGGUGACGACCACCUUGGAUCCAGUGCUGGGCACCAGAUCCAUGUGCCUGCCCAUUCCUUUCACCAUCUUACCCUGAGGGAAAAAAACAUGUUUCGGUGCUUUAUCAGUCUUAUUUAUUUGAGUCCACAAUAAAGUAAAUAGUCAUGGAGACCCAAAUGUUUAUAAAACACACACACACACACACAAAGAAGGGGCUCUAUUCCUAUUCAAACCUUUGUGUGUCCAUUAUCUCUCUCUCUCUCUCUCAAUGGCUGGUGAAAUAGUCAGUGAAACAAUUCAGCUAACGUUAGCUAUACCAUCUUGUCGUCCUACUUGUCUUCAAGAGUACUGUCACUCCAACAACACUGGCUAUAGUCUACCUUGAACAAAUGCAAAGUACAUGGAGGUAGUGAUGGCCUGAUAUUUUAUAAAUUCUAGCUAAUGCAUUGUGUACAUAACUAGAUAGCUAUCUAGCUAGCUAUCUGAACAUACCUGCUUGCUCCUCGUUGAAGAUGCUCUCUCACCUCAGACCCUGAGCAGUCGAUGGAUAGUGAACUUGAAAUUGAUCCUGACAAAAGUGAGGAGAAAGAAUGAGGUGAAGUGAAGGCUUCCGAGCCUCACCCCAAUGAUCAGGAAAAUGCCUGAGAUGACUCUGGCCCAGUGGGAGUACGAUUAGUGGAGAAAGUGUACCCAUGCCUUUUGUCCGAUCCGUUUGUGGGAUCAGGCUGGGUGAAGAAGGAGUUGGGUUCUGUCAAUUCAGUCAAAUUAUCCAGAGGGAGAGGGUUUCGAGACUCGAGACGAAAGCAUUGUCCUGCUUUGCUCUCCGGAGCAGAGCGCCGCUGAAAGGAGUGAAAACUGGGGUGGGGUUGAGUGUUAAGGUGGAUAAACUGAAGUGCGACACAGACCCGGUGGCAAGCGCGACACUGAGGAGACCCUGUCUGUCCUUCUGAGUUUUGAUGCAGAGUGUUUGCCAGAUAAAGUCAUGCUAGGGUACUGUAUAUAAGUUAUCCAGAGAGCUUUUGUUCCGAACCCACUACGGUGUUUCAGGUGCCAAGUUUAUGGUCAUGUUGCAGCAGUAUGUAGGGGGGAGAUUCUGAGGUGUGAUAAGUGUGCAGGAGGGCAUGGGACAAACGAGUGUGUAGUUUUGGUGGAAAAAGUGUUUCAAUUGUGGGGUGGCCAUGUUGCUGGGGAUCAGAAAUGUCCUGUGUGAGUGAGACACUUUGAAGCAGUGCAGAAAGUGUCAUAUGCUGAGGCAGUGAGGAAAGUAGAGGAUGGUGGGCAAAAGGUGAGGGAGCCUGAGAGGAUCUCAGUGAGUAGUAGGCCAGAACAGAGUGACCCGAACAGCUUGUGCUUUAGUAAGGUUGGCUUCUUAGUGUUUAUUGAAUGGUCAUUAAUUGUGCCGCAAGAUGGAAAGGAAAUCCCAGAAGAUUGAAUUGGUAGUAGCAGCAGCAGAUACAUUUUUGGGUAUCAGAGAUUUUAAUACCGAAGAACUACAAGGGGAUUUGAGAGAAGGGGUUCCAGCGACGGCCUGGUGUAGGAUCUGUUGGGGACAAAGUAGUGGGAAGGGGUGGUGGGUUGUUGGGGAUAGUGGUGUAUAUAUACAGUGCAUUCGGAAAGUAUUCAGACCCCUUGACUUUUUCUUCAUUUUGUUAAGUUACAGCCGUAUUCUAAAAUGAAUUAAUUUAUUUUAUUUUAUUAUUCCUCAUCAAUCUAGACACAAUACCCCAUAAUGACAAAGCAAGUUUUUAGAAAUUUUAGCAAAUGUAUAAAAAAACAACAACUGAAUAAUCACAUUUACAAAAGUAUUCAGACCCUUUACUCAGUACUUUGUUGAAGGACAUUUGGCAGUAAUUACAGCCUCGAGUCUUCUUGGGUAUGACGCUACAAGCUUGGCGCACAUGUAUUUGGGGAGUUUCUCCCAUUCUUCUCUGCAGAUCCUCUCAAGCUCUGUCAGGUUAGAUGGGUAACGUCGCUGCACAGCUAUUUUCAGGUCUCUCCAGAGAUGUUCGAUCGGGUUCAAGUCCGGGCUCUGGCUGGGCCACUCAAGGACAUUCAGAGACUUGUCCCGAAGCCACUCCUGCAUUGUCUUGGCUGUGUGCUUAGGGUUGUUGUCCUGUUGGAAGAUGAACCUUCGCCCCAGUCGGACGUCCUGAGCGCUCUGGAGCAGGUUUUCAUCAAGGAUCCCUCUGAUGUAGAGAUGGUUGUCCUUCUGGAAGGUUCUCCCAUCUCCACAGAGGAACUCUGGAUCUCUGUCAGAGUGAUCGUUGGGUUCUUAGUCACCUCCCUGACCAAGGCCCUUCUUUUAAAUUUUUCCCCGAUUGCUCAGUUUGUCCGGGUAGCCAGCUCUAGGAAGAGUCUUGAUGGUUCCAAACUUCUUCCAUUUAAGAAUGAUUGAGGCCACUGUGUUCUUGGGGACUUUCAAUGCUGCAGAAAUGUUUUGGUUCCCUUCCCCAGAUCUGUGCCUCGACACAAUCCUGUCUCGGAGCUCUACGGACAAUUCCUUCGACCUCAUUGCUUGGUUUUUGCUCUGACAUGCACUGUCAACUGUGGGAUCUUAGACAGGUGUGUGCCUUUCCAAAUCCUGUCCAAUAAAUUUAAUUUACCACAGGUGGACUCCAAUCAAGUUGUAGAAACAUCUCAAGGAUGAUCAAUGGAAACAGGAUGCACCUAAGCUCAAUUUCAAGUCUCAUAGCAAAGGAUCUGAAUACUUAUGUAAGUAUGGUAUUUCAGUUGUUGUUUUUUUAUAUUAGCAACAAUUUCUAAAAACCUGUUUUCGCUUUGUCAUUAUGGGGUAUUGUGUGUAGAUUGAUGAGGAAAAUUUUUUAUUGAAUCCAUUUUAGAAUAAGGCUGUAAUGUAACAAAAUGUGGAAAAAGUCAAGAGGUCUGAAUACUUUCCCGAAUGGCAGUGCAAUUUCCUUUUUUCCCCAUUUCCCUUUUCCCUUUCAUUUUUAACAAAUGUGCAAAGCACUUUCAAAACUAUGAAAGGCAGCAAUACGCAACAUAGCAUCUAGUCUGCCGGAAAGCCACACAAAGAAUAAUAAUAAUAAUAAUAAUAUGCCUCUUGCUUCCAAAAAGUUUAGGAUAGGAUAUUGAUUGCUUUGCUACCUAAAAUCUAAAUAACUGCUGAAAUUACUGCAAUACUUUUAAUAUGUUUUAAUCACUUUUCAUGACAUUUUGGCCAGCUAAUAGGCCUACCCACUGAUCAAGCAACACUGAAAGAAAGUCUGAACCUCUUUUAUGAACGUGAAUGAUUAGCUCCGGCGCAUAGCUACGUAGACAAAAUGAAAAUCCGACCCAUUUGCAUUCAUAACUACAUUGUUGAUUGUAAAUGCCAACUUUAUACUACUACAUUACUAACUAUCUAGCUAGUUAUUCUGUGUCUAAACCAACCUGAUUUAAUUUAUCUAUAGCAUGUUGUCUUGAAUGGGCCAAGUCAGCUGCGACACUCAGAUCAGGGAAGUUUGAGCUAGCGUUUUCACAUUGGGAAUGCAAGCUAAUGUAAAAAAACUUUAAAAUGAUCUAUUUUCCUUAAGUAAUCAUGCAAUAUUUUUACAUUACAAUAAAGUAAAGGUUUAAAGUAUCCAAAACAGACUAAAUCUAAAUUUUCCCCAAAACGGAUUUUCGUUGCAUUUUGGCUUUUUCCUAACAAUGAGUCAGCCGCGACAUCCAACGGGUUCUCGGCCGCCUCACAUAUAUCCAUCUAUAUGUUAUAAUUUACUUUUUUUUUUUUUACAUUUUAGUCAUUUAGCAGACGCUCUUAUCCAGAGCGACUUACAGGAGCAAUUAGGGUUUAGUGCCUUGCUUAAGGGCACAUCGACAGAUUUUUCACCUAGUCGGCUCGGGGAUUAGAACCAGCGACCUUUCGGUUACUGGCACAACGCUCUUACCCACUAAGCUACCUGCCGCCCCUGAUAGUUCAUAAACACAUGUGACAAUACAUGUGACAUGUCAUAACAUAUACAGUAUAUGGCUCUGACUGUCACCACCCAAAACACAACACUGUUGCACUGAGGGACAAAAAGGAAGACUCACAAAAUUGAGACACAAACAACACCUUGAGUUGAAAUCCAAGAUAUAAUACAAUCAUCCCAGUUCUUUUCAAUUCUCUGACAUGUUGCUGAAUCAUUCUUGUUGCUUUUGUGUUCCACUAGCUGGAGCCUCUGGGCAAGAAAACUACCCAACAGGACUUUAAUGAUGUUAUCCCUGUGAAAUGCCCCUCUAAGGUACAGUAUUAUGACAAUAUGUUUACAAUGGUCGGAACUAUAGAACUACUGUGUUGUCUUCACUUUCUUUCAUAGCAUUUACUGAGAUAUUCUGGUCACUCUUGUGGAGUUUUACAGAAAAGUCUGCAAUUAUAACAUGUCAAUUCAUGAAUAUAAAGUGUUGAUAGUGCUAUAUGUUUAGCUGAUACAACUGUGUCUCUGUCUUCCCCCAAGACCUCACCAUUUGUGCGUACCUAUGUCAACAGCAAUUACACCUAUGAGGAACCCACCCCAACACCGCCACCAAUUACGGUAGGCCACCAUUCCAGGUUUAAAUCUCUGUGCCUUCCAGUAAAAAAUUUACAUGUGUAGAUAAGGUGGACCAAGUCAACAUUUUUAAGUGAUAGAGGAGUAAUGAUAACUGUUAUUACAGCAAUGCGUUCAUAAUUAAUUUAGGUAUUAAAUAUUUCACAAUACUGUCUCCCUUUCAUGAGUCAAUAUGUUGUGUCUUCUCUCCCAGAACUGGGGAAGUGACUUCUCUUGUGGGAAUUUUACUCCAUCCACCUCUGUGCCUACAUCAGGUGAGAGUGAGAGAAAUGUAGUAAGAGGUCAAGGUUUCAUAAGAGGAAGUGCAUGACUGAGGGAAGGCCAAUGACCUGGUUGCAUGACAUUUGUCCAACCCCCUCACCAGACAAAUCACACAACGUGUCUGAGAUAGGUGUCGAAACCCAACAGUGUAUGAUGACUUUGUUUUAACAUUAUGGACUAUGGAAAGUAAAGAGAUGCUGGUGUAUUUGUGUUUAUGUUUCAAUCUGUUCCUCUGUCCCCAGUUCAUAAGCUACGACCAGGAGACAUCAAGGUGGUGGCAGCACUGGGAGACUCAAACACUGUAAGAGAGUGUUUAUGUUGGUGUGUGUUAUGUUGGUGUUUGUGUGUGUUAUGUUGGUGUUUGUGUGUGUGUGUGUGUGUGUGUGUGUGUGUGUGUGUAUGUGUGUGUGCGUGCGCGCGCGCUUGUGUGUGUGUGCAUGCCCGUGCAUGCAUGUGUGCUUGUAAAACAAAACAAUCUGAAUGUGCUAAUAGCAAAUUUGCUGACAUAUGCAAUUGUAAUCCUUGGGCGAGCUGCCUAAAAGUUUUUUUUGGGUCGCCUAAAUCCAAACAGUGAAAAGAAAAACUGCUUUAAGUGUAAUUUGGGGGAAAUGAAUUUUAGGGAUGGAAAAACGUUUUACGUGUAAUUUUUGGGUUAAUAAAUCUUCGGGAUUGGAAAAACACUUUAAGUGUAAACUUAAAUGACUAAAACCAGAUAUAUAGUAUGUCGAAAAGAUAAUGGACCUGUGUAUUUUUUUAUAAUAUCAUCUUUGAGAACUAACAAUCACCAAAAUAACAGCUAGACAGUCAGGGAGAAUAAAACAUUCAGAAAACAAUUAAUUUAGCAGUAUUAAUUUUGUUAUUAUGUUUGAGCAAAAUAACACAGCAUUAGCCAUGGCAAAAUGUGUACAAUUGCAGGACAUUGGCUUAGAAAUGCAAAAAUGUCUCUACAGCGCCAAGAUGGGGGCCUCUAACAUUUUCUCUAAAAUGUAGCCGAGCCGAUGUCUGACCGCGCUCAUUGACAUACCCUCUGCCACGCCCUAUGCCACGCCCACUACCUAAGCCCAUUUUUGAUCCAGAAAAAACUCUGAUAUGAACCAUCUAAUCAUUUGUUAUUGGGGAGUCGUUUGACAUUAGCGAUGCCCCAUUGAUGUUCGAAGUGUUUGUCAAAGUCAAGUGUAUUCAUAUUCAUACUGAUGUACCAGCAGUACAUGCUUGUGUCUGACUUUUAUAUUAUCCUUUGUGCUGAGAGGAUACAGUAUAUUCGUUACAUGGUGGGUUGUUAAUGUGCCUUUGUUGUCAUCCGUUUGCAGGCAGCAGUUGGAGCCAAGGCAAAGAACGUGUUGCAGCUCAACACAGAGUAUAAAGGAGUGUCAUGGAGGUACCUACUGUAAUGAAUCAUGCAGAAAAAUAGUCCAACUACACAGCAUACACGUUAUGGACCACUUGCAGAGCACAUUGACACUGCCAUACUGCUUUUUAACACUUGUCAACAGUGAAAUUGACUAAAUGUGUGUGUAUUUCUGCAGUAUCGGAGGAGAUCAGACCUUGGACACUGUCACCACACUACCAAGUGAGUCACUAUUUCCUCUUGUCACUGAUCCUAUUGGCUCAUCUUAAAGGAAAACCACCCAAAAACUAUGCUGCAAAACUCAGCGUCAUAUGAUGCAAAAUGCAUAAUACGGAGAUGAUUUCUGUAUUUUGAAAUGUCAACAAUGGACUAAUGAAACAAAUACCAAAAGUUUUUGGAUGGAAUUUUGCUUUAACUGUCCACUAAAAUGAGCCAAAUGAGCCAUGAUUUCCAGUGUUUGGGAGUAGUGAACUACACACUAGUAAUUUAAUUACAUUUUGCUGUAGCUUGGUGGUAGUUGAACUAUUUUAAAUUGUUGGUUGUGUUUUCAGUAUUGAAUUACUUUUUUUGCCAUGUAGUGGUGUAGCUAACUACUGGAACUACACACUACUUGUUUUGCAAAAAUAAAAUGUGUAAAGUAGGCAAGAAUUUCCUUUCUUUUUCAGCAUCAUACCUUCCUAAUUCUCACUUGAAACAUAGUUUUUGUGUUUAAUAGGCUAAAUUACACAUUCUGUUAACAUCUGACACCAGAGUGAUCUGUUCUUGCAAUUUGUAGUCAUUGACAUUUCAGAUUUAGGUAUGAUAAUUUUUUACGAAGCAGUUUGGAUGUAGUGAGCUACUGUUUAAAAGUAACUUUAGGUAAGUAACCUAUAUGUUUCUUAAUGGUAGCUUUAGUGUAGCUUAACUUCUUCCGGUGUGAAGUAAUUAGCAGCUUGGUACACUGUAUUUUCACACUAGCUUCCCCACAUUGAUGAUUUCACAUAAGACUAAUUCUGUAACAUCUUUGGAGAAAGACUUCAAUGAAUAUGCAGUGCACAAGACAUGACAUCAACCCUGCCAUGAUCUUGUGGCGUUUCAGCAUUUUCAUAUACAUCCACAAGAUGGCAGUCUCAACAUAUGAUAUCAUGACAUUCCUUUGGAGUGCAGCCUCCUUGUAAAGAGGAAACAUUCUUCAUCCAGCACCCUCUCUGUAGUGUAGCUAAAAAGGACCACUUGAUACUGAAAUAUCUGUGUGCUUUAUCAGAAUGAGCCAAUACGUAUUUCCAAUCUCUCUUUCUCUCUCAGACAUCCUGAAGAAAUUCAACCCUUCCCUCCAGGGCUUCUCCAAGGGUCAGGGCUGGCUGCAGAAUAAUGGCUUCAACAUGGCGGUGCCUGGAGCCAAGGCCUUGUGAGUAGAGAGCUAAGUUUAGACCUCUCUGUUCCCUCGUCCACUCACUGUCCUCAUUUUGCUGUCAAUCUAUUUCCCAUCCUCUUUUUUUGUGUCAUCCUUCAUUUCCAGCAGCUCUGGCUGCUAGUCUAUCACCUCCCCCUCAGUUUUUCCUGUCUUUUCUUCUCAUUUGAAUAAAGGCAUAAUAAACACUACAUUUUAACAAUGUCUCUUUGUCUCUUGUAGUGAGAUCCCAGCCCAAGUCCAAGCUCUCAUCAAGGCCAUGAAAGAUGACAAGGUGAGACUCUGGUCUAUGUCCCAUUGGCACCUAUUCCAUACAUAGUGCUCUACUUUUGACCAGAGCUCUAUGGGCCCUGGUCAAAAGUAGUGCCCCACAUAGAGAAUAGGGUGCCAUUUGGGACGCGGCCUCUUCAAUGUGUUGAAUAGUUAUACUGGACUCAAUUAGUAAGCAUAAUUACGUAUUGUUGUAUUAAAUAAGUGUAUGAUCAUAUAUAGCUAUUUCUCUCUCUUCUCACUGUAUCCCUUCGUCUUCCACACAGAAGGUGAAUUUUGAACAGGAUUGGAAGCUAGUGACCUUAUUCGUUGGCUCCAGGGAUCUGUGUGAUUAUUGCAUGGACCAGGUAUGUGUUCUUCUCCUAAAGUCUAACAAAAGACACACACAAGUAUUACAAUCGUAAUAACUUUGUUGCACAUUGGGGAACUGUGAUAGUGUUAAAAUUAGUGUUAUUUAUACUCCUCUUUACACAGAACAACCUUACACCCAAGAACUACAGUGAGAAUCUGAUGUUGAGCCUGGACAUGCUGUACAAAGAGGUAAGUGAUGGAAAGCUUGGUAAUGGAGAUCUAUUAUAGGUGAAAGCCUGUACUUACUCAACAAGGAUAAAUUGCUAAAUCUAAAGAUCUAAAGCUCAAUAUCAUGCCAUCUUUCACCCCUCUUUUCUCUCUCCUUUCAUCUCUCUUGCUAAGGUACCGAGGGUAAUGGUCAAUGUUAUCGAGGUUCUGGAGAUGAAUCCAUUGAGGAGUGUCAGGAAGAAUGAUCUGUUCUGCAACCUCAUACAGAGGUUUGUAUGGAACCUCCACAUUUCCCCACAAAGACAGCAGCUACACCCAUUGCAUCUUAUGUCUGUAGAAUGUGUAUAUUCAGAAUGUUUCCUCUCACGUGUCUUUGUUUUGCACAGGAAAGCUUGCCCCUGCUUUUUGAACCCUGAAGAUAAUUCUCCUGAGCUUACAGAGGUUAGACGGAUCAACCAGGAAUACCAGGUAAGUGCAGAACAGGGUCUGAACUACCAGUCUUAACAACUGGGAUUUGGAGGAUAUUUUCCAAUGUUCCAAUGUGUCAUGUAAAGUGUGUUACUCAGAGAUACAUAAGUUCCACAGAUAAAGAUACAGGGAUUCGAUGUGAUCAGAUCAAUCCAACACAAUUCUACAAUACUUAACAGUGUCUCUUUGUUCUCUCUACUCUCUCUAUGCUUCUGUCCAGAUCGAGACUGAGCGACUGGUCUCUGGGGGGCGCUAUGAUGGGCGAGAGGACUUCACUGUUGUCGUUCAACCCUACUUACGAAACUCAUUUGUUCCUUUCAUUGGGGUGAGUGUGGUUUAACUGCACACACACGCACGCAUGCAUGCAUGCAUAUACACUCAAGCACACACACACACACACACACACACACACACACACACACACUGACACUGCGUUCUCUUGUCUCCUCAGAUUGGGAAGCCUGACCUGAGUUUUUUCUCUGUGGACUGUUUCCACAUCAGUGAGCGAGCACAUGCUGAGAUGGCCAUUGCUCUCUGGAACAACAUGGUAAGGACAGCCACAUAUAGAGUAGUGUGGUCCCAGAUCUGUUUGUGCUGUCUUGCCAACUCCUAAAUUCAUUUUCAAGACAGCAUCCACAGAUCUGGGCCCAGGCUACAUAGAUAGCACUCUGAAACAUAACUCAAAACACAUGAGCUCUAUGGUCAGUGUAUAUCCAGGCAUAUAGGUUUGUGUAGGUUUGUGGUCUGACAGCAGUAGUGUUUUGUUUUUACAGUUGGAGCCGGUGGGCAUGAAGCAGGUCUACAACAACUUCACAUACGACCGCACCAAGAUCAACUGCCCCUCUGAGGUAUACUGAAUGCAUAUGAAAUGAAUACAACAUUUAUUGGGGAAAAGUUUCCCUGCUGAAAAAAACAGCAUAGACCAGCAUAUGCUGGUGACUAGUACUGGUUUCCCUGGUGACCAGCCUUUGUUAUGUUUUGGACUCUUUGAUGCUGGUAUGCUGGUGACCAGCUUAUGCUGGUAUGCUGGUGAUGCUGGUAUGCUGGUCACCAGCAAAACCAGAAUCAAAGUACUUAAUUAUUUAGACUAUACACUACAUACUGUAUAUCAUAUCACAUGUUUUGCCCUAAUACAGUGGCCACAUCAGGCCUGCGAGUCACAUUAUGCUGGCUUGCAAAGUUAUGUUUAAUUCCUAUUGGAAUCCAGCCAAAGUGGGGAUAUCCAACAAUUUGAACUUUUAACUUGGAUUAUCUUGGCUUAGAAAACAUUUCAGGCCACAUCUAAAACUAGAUAGAAAGUAUGUAUAAAUUAUAAUCGACCAAAUAUUUCAAAUAACUGCCCUUUUUCUGGCGUGCAAAUUGAUUUUGACAAACAAAUCAGUACAAUCUGUGCAGCCCACCCCUGAGCUAGACCAUGCUGGUCAGCCAUCAUAACCAGCUAGACCACGCUGAUCAGACCAUCAUAACCAGCUAGACCACGCUGAUCAGACCAUCAUAACCAGCUAGACCAUGCUGAUCAGCCAGCAUAACCAGCUAGACCACACUGAUCAGACCAUCAUAACCAGCUAGACCACGCUGAUCAGACCAUCAUAACCAGCUAGACCAUGCUGAUCAGACCAUCAUAACCAGCUAGACCAUGCUGAUCAGCUAGACCAUGCUGAUCAUCCAGCUUGACCAGCUAGACCAUGCUGAUCAUCCAGCUUGACCAGCUAGACCAUGCUGAUCAUCCAGCUUGACCAGCUAGACCAUGCUGGUCAGACAGCAUAACCAGCUAGACCUUGCUGGUCAGACCAUCAUAACCAGCUAGACCAUGCUGAUCAGCCAGAAUAACAAUCUAGACCAUGCUGGUCAGACCAUCAUAACCAGCUAGACCAUGCUGAUCAAUCAGCAUAACCAGCUAGACCAUGCUAGUAAACCAGCAUAACCAGCUAGACUGUGCUGGCCAGACCAGCUUGACCAGCUAGACCAUGCCGGUCAACCAGCAUAACCAGCUCAUGGGAGAAUGACUGCCCCCUCUCAUUGAAGCCAAGAAGUUCAAGGGCAACCACAGUACUGCAGGCUGUUGUUUUCAGAAAAGCAGGAUCCCCAAUUAUAGUGAAGAGGAAAAUGGCAAUCUUCGUGGGCAAUAUUCGUCUAAAUAAAAUAACAAAUUGUAAGACAAUCAUGGUGCCAAUACUUGCUUAUAUUACACCAGAUGUGCACUACAUGACCAAAAGUUUGUGGACACCUGCUCGUCCAACAUCUCAUUCCAAAAUCAUGGGCAUUAAAAUGGAGUUGGUCCCCCCUUUGCUGCUAUAACAGCCUCCACUCUUCUGGGAAGGCUUUCUACUAGAUGUUGGAACAUUGGUGCGGGGACUUGCUUCCAUUCAGCCACAAGAGCAUUAGUGAGGUCGGGCAUUGAUGUUGGACGAUUAGGCCUUGCUCGCAGUUGGUGUUCCAAUUCAUCCCAAAGGUGUUCGAUGUAGUUGAGGUCACGGCUCUGUGCAGGCCAGUCAAGUUAUUCCACACCGAUCUCAACAAACCAUUUCUGUGUGAACCUUGCUUUGUGCACGGGGGCAUUGUCAUGCUGAAACAGGAAAGGGCCUUCCCCAAACUGUUGCCACAAAGUUGGAAGCACAGAAUAGUCUAGAAUGUCAUUGUAUGCUGUAGCGUUAACAUUUCCCUCCACUGGAACAAAGGGGCCUAGCCCGAAUCAUGAAAAACAGCCCCAGACCAUUAUUCCUCCUCCGCCAAACUUUACAGUUGGCACUAUGCAUUCGGGCAGGUAGCGUUCUCCUGGCAUCCGCCAAACCCAGAUUUGUCCGUCGGACUGCCAGAUGGUGAAGCGUGAUUCUUCACUCCAGAGAACGCAUUUUCACUGCUCCAGAGUCCAAUGGCGGCGAGCUUUACACCACUCCAGCCGACACUUGGCAUUGCGCAUAGUGAUCUUAGGCUUGUGUGCAGCUGCUCUGCCAUGGAAAUACAUUUCAUGAAGCUCCCGACGAACAGUUCUUGUGCUGACGUUGCUUCCAGAGGCAUUUUGGAACUCGGUAGUGAGUGUUGCAACCGAGGACAGACGAUUUUUACGCGCUAUGCGCUUCAGCACUUGACGGUCCCGUUCUGUAAGAUUGUGUGGCCUACCACUUCGCGGCUGAGCCGUUGUUGCUCCUAGACGUUUCCACUUCACAAUAACAGCACUUACAGUUGACCGGGGCAGCUCUAGCAGGACAGAAAUGUGACGAACUGACUUAUUGGAAAGGUGGCGUCCUAUGACGGUGCCAUGUUGAAAGUCACUAAGCUCUUCAGUAAGGCCAUUCUACUGCCAGUGUUUGUCUAUGGAGAUUGCAUGGCUGUGUGCUUGAUUUUAUACACCUUUCAGCAACGGGUGUGGCUGAAAUAGCCGAAUCCACUAAUUUGAAGGAGUGUCUAGAUACUUUUGUAUAUAUAGUGUAUGUCCUUGAACCAAUGAUUUUAAAAUUGCAGACAUUAAAGCUACAAUAUGUAACUUUUUGGGUGACCCGACCAAAUUCAAAUAGAAAUGUGAGUUAAAGAUCUGUCAUUGUCAUUGAAAGCAAGUCUAAGAAGCGGUAGAUCUGUUGUAUGUGCGCUAUUUCUUUGCUUCCUGUGCUACAGUUUCUUUUUUGCGUCUUUUACUUUCGGUUUCGUACAUCAGCUUCAAACAGCUGAAAAUACAAUAUUUUUGGUUAUGGAAAUAUAUAUUUCACAGCGGUUUAGACAGUACAAUGAUUAUCUACACAAUGACUGCUUGUUUUCCCACAUAAACAGAAAUUAAAUGAACUAUUAGAAUUUUAGCAACCAGGAAAUGUCGGUGCGAUUUCUGCAUAUUGCACCUUUAAAAAUAUAAUUUAGAUUCUAUCUGCAGCCUGCAGUACCCCGGUCAGCCUGGUCGGCCUUCAACUUGAGAUCCUCAAUGAGAGGGGGCAGCACUGAGCUAGCCUGCAACAUCACUUCCUGGACUAGCUCAAACUGCGCAUUUUAUGUCUCCAUGAGACGCCAUCUUAUUAAGCUGGCAUCUCAUGGGUAAAUCAAUUUCUAUGGGAAGAUCUCAAGGGCAUACUGCUCGCGUCCUCUCGCCUCGUCUCCUACUCAAAACCCAUUGGAUGAGAAAGCCAGAGGUCCCUCCCCUCUGACCUUCUACUCCAAUGUGUUUUUAGAAGGAGACGAGGAGAGAGGACGCGAGGAGUAUGCAAUUGAGAUCUUCCCCCUGGCUUCAAAUGCUCUAUUGAGUCUUCACAUAGGAAUGAAUGGUGUCACGUGAUCGAUGGCUUUAUCCAUUUACAGUAUAUAUACAAUCUAUGAACCAGCUAGACUCUGCUGGUCAGACCAGCUUCAUCAGCUAGACUAGGGAUGGAUCAAUUUCCCAAAAAAAUGUAUAAAUAUACAGUAUAUACUUUUUUGGGGGCGGUAACUCAGUCGGGGUCUCAACUUACUGUUGAGCGUUAGAAUAGUAAAAUACACAAGGUGCAAUUUCGAAAUUUGGUGGUGAAUCAGCAGUUUUUCUCUUGUUAUGUCAGUCACUGACAGUCACUCAAUUAGCCCAUGUCAACUAAAACUUUUUAGAUUGGUAAAUUAGUCUAGCCAGCUAUCUAAACUUGUAGUAAUCAUGGUCGAAUUACUGACCGGGCUCGUGCCCAGGGGCCCUGACUUCCAGGGGGCCCCCAUUGAUUUUUUUUGUCACAUCCACUGAGAUGUCAGUCAUAUUAACAUGGCAUCGGUCAAGGAAAAAUGUGUAGAAUUGCAGGAAAUUAGCUUAAAAACUGCAAACAUUUCUCUCUCCCCAUGGCCAAAUGAAUAGAAUUGCAUGAAAUUAGUUAUAAAAUUGCAAAAUAUUCUCUCCACCCCAUGGCUUAAUGUGCAGAAUUGUAGCAAACUUGCUUUAAAAUUGCAACAUUUUCUCUACGGCCCAUGGCAAAAUGUGUAGAAUUGCAGGAAAUGUACUCCAAAACUUCUCUCCAAUGUCAAGAGUGGAGCCCCUUAUGAUUAGUUCAGAUUUUCUGUGGCCCCCACCCCCAUCAACGUUGCCCAUCCCUGAGCUAGACCAUGCUGUUCAGACCAGCUUGACCAGCAUAGUCCAGCAUGAACCGGCAUAGACAAGCAUGAAAAUGCAUGCUGGUAUUUGCUAUUUUUUUCAGCAGGGUUGGUCAGGUGUUGGCUAAAUGGCAAUCAGUGAGUCAGUUGUAGGCUAACUCGACAGUGCUUGUGGGUUGUCGAGUGUGUUGGUUGAGUAGCAGACCAUUUUAGCCAUAUCACCUACUAAAAGCUACUUCUUACAAUGUCUCAGAAGAAGAUCUAUGCUCAGGUUAGUUCCCCCUAAACUGAAAUUUGCUCUCUCCUUUAGGAUCAACCCUUCAUCUUCACUAAGGUCAAUAGCCUCCCGAGUCCACCUGUUACCACCACCACCCCUGUCCCAGUCACUAACACCUCCACCCCCAGCCCUGUGCCCCGGUGUGACUCCUCCAUACCUGUGUGGGUACCCGUGUUGCUGGGCAUCACUGGCUUACUGAUUGGCUGUGGAAUCACCUGGCUACUCAUGUCCUGCAGAGAACGGCAGAAUAAGAGGAAAAUGGGAGAGAAAGAGGUUAAGAUGAAAGGAACUGGUUUCUAAUGAUAUUCAAUUCUAAGAGGGUGUUUGGAAAUGGUCACAAAGGCUCAGAUAUAAACACAAACACACAAACACACACACAUGCAUACACACGCACGCAAACAUGCGCGUACGCACACACAUGCACACAUGAGUGUAUAGUGUUGUAGUAAACAUAAACAUAUUGGAUACAAAGUAUGUAAUAGAUUUGCUAAUUGUUUUGUAAAUGCACACUGAUUAUGGCAUAUUUUCUUCCUGCUUUCUUGUAUGAAUAAAGUGUGUUUUGUACACCUUGCAUUUCCAUAUUCCUUUGUAUUUAUUUAAAACAAUAAACGUUGUUGAUGUACAUUCCAUUCAGAAACAGAUAACAAAUA